AUGGAUCAAGCAAAGUUGGCGCGCAUGCAAGCCGGCAAGGGUACUCCCCGCAGGAAGGUCAAGAAGGUCCACAGGGCCGCUGGCACCGACGACAAGAAGCUCCAGACCGCGCUGAAGAAGCUCAACGUCCAGCCCAUCCAGGCCAUUGAGGAGGUCAACAUGUUCAAGAGCGACGGAAACGUCAUCCACUUCUCAGCACCAAAGGUCCACGCAUCAGUACCUGCCAACACCUUCGCCAUCUACGGACACGGUGAGGACAAGGAGCUGACAGAGCUCGUCCCCGGCAUCCUCAACCAGCUCGGCCCCGACUCGCUCGCAUCGCUACGCAAACUCGCCGAAUCCUACCAGAGCAUGCAGAAGGAGAAGGGCGAGGAUGGUGACAAGAAGGAGGACGACGACGAUGAGGACGAUGAUGACAUCCCCGACCUCGUCGCUGGCGACAACUUCGAGUCCAAGACUGAGGUCGAGUAA